GACCCGUAAAUUACAGCAGCCUUGCGUGUCAGCGGAAAGCCUUUAUAUGGGCAUGGAAGUGGGUGUGGCCACGGAGCUGGUGGCGGAGAAUCACAAGACGAGCAGAGACGCACAGACACAGUCGAUGCACAGCAAAGCAACAAAAAAACAAAAAAAGGCCGCAUUGCCAGAGGUGUUGUCCAUGAAUGAGAAACCCACACGGACUUCUUUAGAUGUGCUCACCCCAGGCCCGCGACCUCUGAGUGGGCCACGAAGAACUCCAGAGGGGAAGAGAAGAUUAUCUUACCACUGCUCACUCUGAUGUCGGUGUAGUUUUACAGCUUUACUUUGCAAACAUUUUUUGGAUUGAUAUAUAUUCACGUGAUCCAGCGGAGCAUUUAGAAGCUGGUUCGGUUGGGAACAUUCACCUGGCUCGGCUUCUUCAUGCCCGUCAUGAGCGUACCAGCCCAGCAGAAACCCAGCGCCAAAAGAACAGGCAAACGCAUCACGUUUUUCAACGAGCAAAGCAUAGCAAUGAAGGAGACUUCUCAACACCCUGAUGGGUCCUACUAUGUCCCGGGUGGACCUGCCUCAGACCCCGGACAGAGCGAAGCUGCAAGUACCGUGACCUCCAAUCCAGAGGCCCCUCACAUGUACCUGAACUCUGUCAUCUUUAGCCCGGACAAGGGUGACCAGAGCAGGGGUCAUUAUCAGCAGACUGUGCCGAUGAAAUGGGCCCACCAGGAGCCCAGUCAGCAUCAGCCAUCUCUGUCCCAGCAGCAGAGAGCUGCCUCCUGGAAUACCAUGAAUAACUGGGGACAAAACUUUGCUAGUUACAUCGGGGGAAUCAACGUAACGGACUCGAGGACCCAGAAUGCGUUUGCAAAGACGAUGCACGAGACUUCUGUCUUACAGCCACAUCAACAGCCGCCAAACAGAGCUGCAGACAAGCAACCGUUGGGGCCAAACCCUGCAGUUGAUACUUACAGGGAUGCUGUUAAAGCUCGGGGACUGGAUUGGGAGCAGCAGCAUCAGCAACAACAGUCCCAGGCCUUUCAGGAGACUUUGAAACCCGGGGCACUAAACACCCAGCAGCACAGCACAUCCAACCAAGGAGGAAGCUCAGUAUUGCAGCCCUUCCAGUUGGCCUUUGGUCAGCCCAAGCAGCACCUGCCAGCAUACUACCAGGCCUUCCAAGGCAACAGGACAACCCUACCUAACCCACCUAACUACCCAACGCAAGCAAAGCCCCCACACCAGUUGCAGCAGCUGCAGAAGCAAGAGCAAAUACAGCGCCAGCAACAGCAACAUCACAUACUCCAGCAGCAGAUUCAGCAGCAGCAGCAGCAGCAGCAGCAGCAUCAUCAUCAUCAUCAUCGUCAACAAAUGCAGCAGCAACAAAUCAUUCAGCAUCAACAGCAUGUUCAGCAGCAGCAGCAGCUUCAGCAGCAGCAACAGAUCCAGCACGAGCAGCAGCAACAAAAGAUACAGCGGCAGCAACAGCUUCAAAUUCAGCAGCAAAUGCAGCAUCAGCAGUUGCAACAACAAAACCCUCAUGUGCUUGACUAUUACCCCGUUGCACAAAAUGCACACCCGCAUCCGCAGCCCGUGGUGGUGCACUCCCAGGAGUCCUCGGCUCUGGAUCCCCCAAAUAUCCAGGAACCAAUAAUCCAGGACAUCACCCCAGAACCCCAGCAGCCCACGGAUCCGCUGCCUCCCAUUCUCCAUGCCGAGACCCUGACCCAGACACAACCCCAAACACAAUCCCAAACGCAUCUUCGCAGAUCACGGCGGCUCUCAAAGGAAGGCGGGGCGCCGUCGGACAACCCUUUUCUCUCCGUCUCUUCGGACCCGGCAGCCCCGGGGCCGCAGGGCUCCCAGAACGGGGCCCGAGACGUCCAGGCAGCACCGACGGGCGUCAUCCAGAGCACGCGGAGGAAACGCAGGGUGUCCCAGGAGGUCAACCUGGAGACUCUUGCUCAGAAGGCCUCGGAAAUGGAGUCUCUACCAUCACAUAUUGUAAAGGAGCCCCACAGGCCGUGGAGUCCCUCUGAAACAAGGAGUCUGAACGCCAAGCGGCAUCGAGACGACAGCCUCCUGCCGCUCGUCAUCCCCGUGUCUGUUCCAGUCCGGAGGCGGGAGCCCUCCUCUCCCAACAGAGAUGAAGGAGCCCUGGCCUCCAACUGGCCCCCGAGGCAUUCGAACCCCCAGGACCUCGGCCGGGCCGACCACAAGCCCUCGGUCAUCGUCACCCGGAGACGCUCGCUCAGGAACUCGUUGUCGGACAGCUCAGAGCAGAAUGGUAGAACUGAAGGGGAGAAAGACGAUGACGGCAAAAAGUCUAAACGGCGUCCGCGGCCCGAACCCCUCUUCAUCCCGCCACCCAAACCUGGUCUAUUCAUCGUCCCUCCCGUCUACUCCAGCAUCACAUCCUACCAGAGCCACCUACGAUCCCCGGUCCGGCUCACCGAAAACCCUCUCUCCAUUCCCCCUUACACGCCACCGCCAAUCCUCAGCCCCGUCCGCGAGGGCUCUGGCCUCUACUUUUCCACUUUCCUGUCCUCCGCCGCAGCCAGCAGCCAGGGCCUGCCACCUCCCGUUACACCCAAGUCGGCAACACGCAGCCUGUUGCGCUCCAACAGCUGCGACAUCACACCACCAGUUCUGUCUGCUAUGAGCGAGGCUACUCCAGUCAGCAUAGAGCCACGGAUAAAUAUUGGGUCGAGGUACCAGGCCGAGGUGCCAGAACUGAGGCAGCGGUCAGCUGUUGAACUGGAUCAUCAUCGAGCGGAGCUGGUCUGGGCUCCAUUGAACAAGCUGGAGGAAAAACCUGACUUCCAGCAGAGAGUGGAAGACCUCAUGCACCUGGCCUGCUCCAGUGUUUUGUUUGGAGGAGGUACAAACCAGGAGUUAGCCCACCAUUGUCUGUACGAGUGCAAAGGGGACAUAAUGGCUGCUCUGUCCCUCCUGAUGCUGAGGAAUCCAGUUUUCACCAAGUCUCGUAAUCUGGCAAAGUACCACUACUCAGGAUCAGACAGCUGGACCGCAGCUGAGAGACGGCAGUUCAACAAAGGCAUCACCGCCUACAAGAAGGACUUCUUCAUGGUGCAGAAACAGGUGACCACUAAGUCGGUGGCGCAGUGUGUGGAGUUUUACUACACGUACAAGAAACAUGUCAAGAUGGGCCGCAGCGGGUUGCUGGUCUAUGGCGAGGUGGAGCCUCUUGAGAGCAAGACCGCCGAGGAGGAGACGGACCACAAGGAGAGCUAUCACAGUUUGGAGCCACAGAGGGAGGAGGACAGCAGGAAGUGGGAAGGGUCAGCUGACAGGAAACAGGAUGUCGGCCCCACCAGGGCGACACACACGCUGCAGUCUGCUGAGAACCCGGGGACGGUCCUGAUCAUGAAAGGCCAGGAGGACGUCGGGAAGGACCAGCUGCCGUCCCGGGUCAUCCACCCCCCUCAGCCUCCGCCCCCUCCCACCUCCAAAUCCCGCCAGGACGGAAACUCGCGCAAGACCAGCCCGUCAACGGUCAACAAAGGCUCAGCUGCUCCGGAGGGCGAGUUCCCCUGCAAGAAAUGUGGCAGGAUUUUCUCCAAGGUGAAGAGCCGAAGCGCUCACAUGAAGAGCCACGCCGAGCAGGAGAAGAAGGCCGCGGCGCUGAGACUGAAGGAGGCCGAGGAGCGAGCGGCGGCAAAGGCAGCCGCCGAGGCCGCGGCAGACCUCGCCGCGGCAGCAGAACGGGACGCGACAAAUGGGCGGGGCAGCACCAACGAAGAGUCGUCGGAAGGGGAGGACGAAGAUGAUGCAGACUGGCCCUAAGAGGAAGACCGCUCACAAUGACUGCAGCGUGGCUUCACUCUCUGAGACGGGAGGAAGGAGAUUUAAAAAAAGAAGAAGAAUCCCUCCUGUGAACUCUGUGAAUAUUUUUGUGGAACAAGAGGACUUCCGUUGCUUGGCACAUUCAGGGACAGAUUUACUCCUGUGUGUGUGUGUUUGUGAAUGCAUUGACUGAGUGUGUGUGUGUUUGUGAAUGAGUUGACUGAGUGUGAGUGUGUGUGUGUGUGUGCAACAAUGAGUUUGUAUGCGCUUUCUCAAAACGCCCCCCUUUACUCAAGCGUUACCUCCCUUGCUUAAAGGGCUCGGUCAAAUCAAAGCCAUGCCGCCUCUCUUCGGCGCUCUCCUGCUCUCCACGCCAGGCCGCCGUGGCCUUCCUCAGCACUUGGAGUCUCGUCCGGUUUCGUUCAACGGGAUUGGAAAAACUUUGUUGGAACCCCCUUUUUUUAUUCUCUCCCCCUCCCUCUCUGGAUGAGCCACAGUACGUGCUUGCUUAAGCUGCAUCCAAGUUGGAUGUUUUUUGGGCGAUAUGAACACGUGAUAUCUGACAGCAGGGGGAGUGCGGCGAGGCGAACAAACGGCGGGUCGUGCUGUUAGCUGCUCUGCUCUAAGAGAACAGAUGGAAGGAUGGACGGAUUGGUGGCGUGUACAAACGGUUGCCUUUUGUUUCGCCGCUCUUCUGCACUCGACGCUGCCAAAAGCUUUCUCAGACGCAUGAUGUGCACCAAAUGAGUCGUCCCCCCCUCUCUCUCUGUGAGCGUUGUUCAUUUGGGCUUUAGUUCUGUGAAUCCCCCCCCCCGGCCCUCGUCACUUUUUCUAGUUCACAGUUUGUUCCUCACUGUUGAUGCCUUGGAUGUUUUGAUGCUUUUUAUCUUGAAAUGACAAUCAAUUUUACACUGUGUUGUUGUUGUUGUUAUUUUUUUUUUUUAUAAAUAUAUAUAGAGGUAAAUGUUACUUUUACUGCCUGUGUCGCUCUGUAUGGUUAUUGUUGUUGUUUUUGUGAAUAUUCUUGUUGAUUAUUAUUAUUAUUAUUAUUAUUAUUAUUAUUAUUAUCAUAUCAUCCUGGUUUUGGCUGCAAUAUAAUUGAGCGCUUUUACCUACUUGUCCAUUGCAUAUUAUUUUCCUCCUUUUUUUUUAUUUAAACAAAAAAACUAAAAUAAUGCUACUUGCUGCCUGUUUAUAACUGUGACUUUUUUUUUUUUUUUUUUGGAAGCCAGAUAUGAAGAAAAGGCAGAAACGUAUGUGCAAUAGAACAAUUAAAAUCGCCCUGUUACCGGAGCCUCAAAGCCCCCCCCAUGCUUACGACUGGCUUCUCUGGAUGCCUUGUUGUCAACCCUGUAACUGAUAGGAGGCACCGACUCAGACUGUUGAAAACCGCAGGUCUCUAUAGAUACAACAAACGGCACAAACAAAUUCAAGACAUAUUUUGGAAAUGGAUAUCAUGUGUAAAGACAUGCUUACUACCCUGAAACCUGAGCUAGAGUAAACAAUUUGCUGGUACAAACAUGCACUAAGAGAAGCAGAACGCAUUCUCUGCUGUAAACCAAACCCAGAUUUUUGAGGUUUUAACAGAUUUUGAAUGCAGACAUAAGACUUAAAAUUUUCUUUUCUUUUUAGAACCAUACAUCAAAUGUCACUAAUGUAUUAGCUGACUUCAACAAGCAGUCAUUAAGAGAAACAGAAGCAUUAUUUACUGUAAACCCAACUUAACCUAGAUUUCGAAGGUUUUAACAGAAGAUUUUAAAGGCAGACAAAAUAUUUCCUUUCCUUUUUUUAGAACAAGACAUCUUUCAAAUAUGUUCCCAACUCAGACAUUUCAGCUUGACUUUUUUUCCACUUUACCACAGACUGUUUAUAAUUCGACGAACACUCAUUAAGAGAGAGAGAAUCAUCAUUUUCUGCAAACCAUACUUGACUGAAAUUUUGCAGGUUUUAACAGGGUAUUCUGAGUGCUGUUAUGAGACCUGUAUAUUCUCUCUUUAAUCCCAGUUUGCUGAUAUUUGGUGACUCUACAUUGAGAAAUGUUAGGCCAGAAAAUAUUGGAGAGUGGAUUCUGUCUUGUGUCUCAAACUGUUUAGUCAUCGUUGUGACACUAACGCACUCUGUUGAAACCUUGACUAUGUGGGUCAGCAGUUUACUGAAGGGCAGAGUGACAUAGCUUACAAACUGAAAAGAAUUUGCAACUAUAGUAAACGUUUAAAUGCAGUAAGUGGUGGUUUGGAAAAAAUUCACAACAUCUGAAGUGGACAAACUGCCGUAAACUGCUGUAAAUAUCUUGUGUGUCUCUAUGGUUGACUUUGUUUCUGUUUACCUUGCUGAUAGGACUGAUUUUGACUAUGAGAAAGACAUGUUUUGAUCUGCCUCUCUAUGUUUCUCUUCAUUAAGCCCUUCGGCCCAGAGCCAGCUUCUGUUGCCGUAGCAACAAAUGGGUUAAAGGGUGAUUUUCCUUUAAAGGACAAACCACAGUGGGGAAGUUGGGAGGGGGAACCGGCUCCAAUUACCAGUUACUCCGCAAGUUUAACCGGGGUCUAUGCACAGACUGUGUGUGUGUGAGCGUGUAUGUGUGUGUGUGUGUGUGUGUGUGUGUGGACAUACUGUUAAGUGUGUGUGUGUGAGAGCGCUUCAUGAGGGGUCAAAAAACUGUAAGCCAGUCAAUUUAAAAAAAAAAAAAAAAAAAGAAAGUUUUGCAGACUGUUCAUGUUUGGUAUGUUAAUUUAUAUUUCCUUUUUAUUUGGGCUUGUCUUGAGGUUCUCACGGGGGGGAAGUUGUCGCCACGAAAAAGUUUUUUUUUAAGCUGUUUUUCAAACAAAAGCAGAAUUACGGAUGAAAUCAAGGCUGUCGACAGAAACACACAGCUGUAAACUUUCCUCAUUUCAUCCGGUUGGUUAAGGGAAUUUUAAGGGGACAAAAAGGUUUAUUUAGCUAAAAAUUAGAAAAAUAUAUAUGAAUGAAAUUCUAUGUUUGCAUACUUUCUAUGCUAUUUUCAUAUAUUGGGGUUCACACUAAUGAGGAAACAUGGAAAGGAAUCUCAAGUGCUUUUUACUACAGUGUAACUUAUUUGUUUCGAUUUGAUUUUUACCACCUGUGUUUUUAGUAAUGAUUUACGAAGCACUGUAUAUUAAAGUUUUAAAAUAUUCA